UUCUAUUUUGUAAACACGCUAACAUGAAGUGUGUUUUUUUUCCGACAAAAUUAUGAUUAAAUACAUUUUACGAGUGUGCGUUUCGCCGACACCAUCAGAUGUUUAGAUUCUGAUGAGUUGAGCCGAUUCCGACGCAUAUCCAUCAUGUUACCAAACUUCAGUCCAGUCGUUCAGACACUGUUCGGCACUUUGUUCACAUGGGGCUUAACCGCCAUCGGGUCCAGUUUAAUACUGGUGUUCAGCGGUACACAAAGAAAACUACUGGAUGGGAGCUUGGGAUUCUCGAGUGGUGUGAUGAUAGCGGCAUCAUAUUGGUCACUGUUGGCACCAGCAAUUGAACUCGCUGGACAGGACAGUACCUACGGAAAUGACGGACAGUUUUCAUUUAUACCGGCACUAGUUGGUUUUCUGUUUGGUGCAUUUUUUGUGUAUUUAUCAGACUUGAUCAUAUCAUCUUAUGAAAUGGACGUACUUAAUAUUUUAAUACCCGAAGCAAAUCAGUGUUCAAAAAAGAAGUUCAAAUGCGAUUCUGAUAUGGAGCAUAGUUAUAGUAAAGAUAAUCAACAAUCAAUUGGAAUAACUGAUGAGAUUUCAGAGGCUAGACAACGAUUCUAUAAAUCUACCCACCCGCCACCAGUAUACACUGAAAUAGAAUGUGAUAAUGACGUGAAAGCAUGUAGUUGGAAACGUAUACUAUUACUCAUAAUUGCUAUCACUGUGCAUAAUAUUCCUGAAGGCCUUGCUGUCGGCAUAGCAUUUGGAGCUGUUGAUUCUUCRCCAUCUUCUACAUUUAACAGUGCCAGAAAUUUAGCCAUGGGAAUUGGCAUACAAAAUUUUCCAGAAGGAUUGGCUGUCAGUUUACCCUUGCAAGCAGCCGGAUGUUCUAAAUGGAAAAGUUUUUGGUACGGACAACUUAGUGGUAUGGUGGAGCCAAUCGCCGGACUCGUGGGCAUAUUUGCCGUUUCGUUCAUCAAGCCGCUGUUGCCUUACGCCCUUGCGUUUGCCGCUGGUGCGAUGAUUUACGUGGUCGUCAACGACAUCAUUCCGGAGUCGAAUUCCAGUGGCAACGGGAAGCUGGCCAGUUGGUGUUGUAUCGUGGGAUUCGUCGUGAUGAUGUCAUUGGACGUGGGACUCGGUUGACUUCAUUAGGUAUUACCCGUCAUUUUUUCCUACACUGACCCUUAUUAUUAUUAAUUUUUUUUUUUUUUGAUUCACCUAUCCUAUAUUUAAUGCAAUUUAUUUAUAGACUUAACUUAAGUUGUAUAUGCUAAUCAAUAUCAAUGCAUGUUGAAAAUAUAAAAUAUUUUUAUUUAUUUACA